CGGGCCGGGCGCGGGCCCCGCGCUCCCGCCGCCCGUCACCACCGCCCCGCGCCCCCCGCCCCGCAGCCCGGCCCCCCGACCGGAGCAUGGCCCCCGGCAGCGCGACGGAGCCGGAGCGAGGGUGACCGCCCGCGGGGGACACUGUGCUGCUGCCGCUGGCCUCAGAGGACUUUUAUUAUAAUUACCAUCAUUGUUAUUAUUAUUAUUACUAGGUUUUUAAUUUUUUAAUUCUUUCGCGGGGCAGCGGUUUUUUCCUCCUCCUUCGGCGCGGUGGAAAACACACGUUUYAGACCAAAAUCCCAAACCAGCCCAUCCAUCCUCUUUGCUUUGCGCUUCGCAGCAACUUGGAGCCCGUUAAUUGCACUUGGCGAUGUUUUUUGGCGGAGGGGUGGAAGUUGGAAUCUUUUUAUUUCCUCCUCGGCCCCCCCUCCCGCGGGGCCGCCCCCCCGUGCCCGGCUGCCCCCCCCCGGGCCCCGCAGAGCCGCUCCGGAGGAGAGAGAGAGAAAAAACGCCCGGACUGCUCCAGCCUCCGAAAUGACUCAGUAACUUUUACGCCUCGAGUCUCAGCCCUGCAAUUAGGCACUUUCCCAGCACGGCUCGGGAUGUAUUCGUCUCCUCUCUGCCUGACCCAGGAUGAAUUCCACCCCUUCAUCGAGGCGCUGCUCCCCCACGUCAGGGCCUUUGCCUACACCUGGUUCAACCUGCAGGCCCGCAAGCGCAAGUACUUCAAGAAGCACGAGAAGAGGAUGACGAAGGAUGAGGAGAGGGCGGUGAAGGACGAGCUGCUGAGUGAGAAGCCCGAGGUGAAGCAAAAAUGGGCCUCGCGCCUCCUGGCCAAGCUGCGCAAGGACAUCCGGCCCGAGUGCCGCGAGGACUUCGUGCUCUCCAUCACGGGCAAGAAGCCCUCGUGCUGCGUCCUCUCCAACCCCGACCAGAAGGGCAAGAUGCGCCGCAUCGACUGCCUGCGGCAGGCGGACAAGGUGUGGCGGCUGGACCUGGUCAUGGUCAUCCUCUUCAAAGGGAUCCCGCUGGAGAGCACCGACGGCGAGCGCCUGGUCAAGUCGGGCCAGUGCACCAACCCCAUCCUCUGCGUCCAGCCCCACCACAUCAGCGUCUCUGUCAAGGAGCUCGACCUCUACYUGGCCUACUUCGUCCGUGAGAGAGAUGCAGAGCAGAGCAGCAGCCCACGGACAGGCAUCGGCUCGGACCAGGAGGACAGCAAACCCAUCACGCUGGAUUCGACAGACUUCCAGGAAAGCUUCGUCACCUCGGGUGUGUUCAGUGUCACCGAGCUCAUCCAGGUGUCCCGAACGCCGGUGGUGACGGGCACGGGGCCAAACUUCUCCCUGGGGGAGCUGCAGGGCCACCUGGCCUACGACCUGAACCCCUCCAGCACCGGCAUGAGGAGGACACUGCCCAGCACCUCGUCCAGCGGGAGCAAACGGCACAAGUCAGGGUCCAUGGAGGAUGACAUCGACACCAGCCCUGGGGGCGAGUACUACACCUCCUCCAACUCCCCCACCAGCAGCAGCCGCAACUGGACAGAAGACAUGGAAGGGGGCAUCUCCCCCACCGUGAAGAAGACAGAGAUGGACAAGUCCCCCUUCAACAGCCCAUCGCCCCAGGACUCCUCGCCCCGGCUGAGCAGCUUCACGCAGCACCACCGUCCCGUCAUUGCCGUGCACAGUGGUGUGUGUCCCCUUUUGCUGUCACCUGCAGGUAUCGCCCGAAGCCCGCACCCAUCGUCUGCGCUGCAUUUCCCCACCACCUCCAUCCUUCCCCAGACGGCCUCCACCUACUUCCCGCACACGGCCAUCCGGUACCCGCCUCAUCUCAACCCGCAGGACCCGCUCAAAGAUCUCGUCUCACUGGCCUGCGACCCGUCCAACCAGCAGCCCGGACCGUUAAAUGGAAGUGGUCAAGUGAAAGUGCCCAGCCACUACCUGCCCACGCAGAUGCUGGCGCCGCCACCUCCCCCUGGCAUGCCCCGCUUGGCCGUCUCUCCUGACACCAAAUCUACCACGACAACUUCCGAGGGAGGGACGACCUCGCCGACAUCACCCACCUACUCUGCACCAGGCACGCCCCCUGCGAACCGUUCCUUCGUGGGAUUAGGACCAAGGGAUCCUGGGAGUAUCUAUCAGGCACAGUCCUGGUACCUGGGAUAACCGCCGCCGUGCCGCCCCUUCGCCUCCCUUCUCCUCUGCUUUAGGCACCCCCAGAGGAACAUCCCCGUCCCCGAGCACCAGGCCCAGCCUUGCGGUGACGACGGAGAGCGCGGCCUCACGAUGACGACGACGACGACAAGCAAAACCCACACCCGAAGGAAAGAGCGAGGAAAAGGAAGAAGGAAAAGGGUCAAACUGUUUAAAAAAGGAAAAAAACAAAAAACAAAACGACAACCCAUCCCAGGAGGACCUUUCCCCCCACCCCGGCGAUGCGCCACAAAACAAAGAAACAGAAAAAAAAAAAAAAAAAGAAAGAAAAAAACACUAUUAUUUACCCUGUCGGCCGGCGCCGCGCUGAGACCUGACACAAGUCGUGCCAGCAAUGCCUCCCRGAGCGGCUGCAGGGCCGCGGCGCCGAGCCCCGCCGGCCGCUCGCCGGAUAUGCAAACGGCUUUGACUCUCUCGUUCUUGCCUCUAUGUGAGUAGAAAACAUCAAAACCUCCCCCGCCGACMCCCCCAGCCCCACGCAGACUCUCGGGGGGCCCCGGGACUGGGGUGGAGUGCGGCGGGGCGGGGUGGGGGAGCCCCUCCUGCCGCUGGAGCCCCGCGGACCGGGCGCACUCGCGGUCGCGGCGGGUGAWGCACCGUGCUGGGCAAGCGCCUCGGGGAUGGGUGCUGCAGUGACGCGGUGGCACGGAGACGUGGUGGCACRGUGGCUCCAGCGGGUGGCACAGGAGGAGGGGGCUUGUGGCCACAGAGGGUGCACGGGCACGGCCAGAGAUGGUCGCAGCGGCGGUGGCACCUCGGUUCCCACGGGGACGCGGUAUCGGGACUCUCCCACCACGGCCCCAAACGUCACAGCAGUGGUGGCACCCUGAUUCCAACGGGCACACGGCGUGGGGACUGUCGCAGCCCUGCCCCGAUGGUUCCCAGGAGCCACCGUCGCGCUGGGGCACUGGUCACCGUCUCUCUGUUCGCCUUUCUCCCCCGAGCCUGCACCAACCCCGGCCCCGUGUGUUCCCACACGUGUCCCCGUCCCCCGGCGUGUCCCCGCACCCCGGGGCUCUGUGGGGCUGGGGAGGCGUGCGUCCGUGUGUUUGAGCUAUGCAUUCCUGUGGACAGGUACCAGGUGGGAGGCAGGAGAGGUGCGCUCGUGUUGCACAUUUUGUAGGAAAUGCACUUUUAAGAGGGAAUCGUCAAAAAAAAAAAAAAAAAAAAAAAAAAAAAAAAAAAAAAAAAAAAAAAAAAUAAAAAAAAAAAAAAAAAAAAAAAAAAAGAAAGAAAAAGAAGAAAAGAAAACAAAAUCACAAAAAAGGAGGAAGAGGAGGCGGAGGAGGAGGUGGAGUCCCUGGCACUGGCUUGCCAGGACGACUCGUUUGGGGUUUUUGGGUUUGUUUUUUUUUUUUUUUUUUUUUUUUUUUGGAUACAAAAGGAUGGAGCAAAGAAGCCCCGAGGGAGGGCGAGGGCAGAGCCAGCCCCAUGGAGCCCCCUGGAGUCCCCCGGAGCCCCCGGCCCCGCGUCAAGUGCCUGAACUGCGGCGGGGAGGGGUUCCAGCCCCCCCGGAGGAGCCCCUGGCCAAGGGCAGCACGGGAGGAAGCGCUCGGCCGUCCCCGUCCCAUGCGGUGACAGUGUGGCCGGGAAGGGGACGCAGGGACGUGGCAGUGCCUUAGAGCAGAGGGACCCUCGCGACGGCCGAGGCGAGGAGGAGGAAGAGGACGAAGGUACCCGUUAUCCCCAGUGAGAUGAGGAGACUGCUCCCCGAAGGAUCUCCGGCCCAGGGGACUCCCGAAGGGUGCUGAUGGAGAGAAGCCACCGUGGGAUGUCCAGGAGUUGGGGAUGUCACCGAGGCCACCRCCGCCACCCKCCUGGCCCCCUCCCCUGGCACCCAGAACCGCCCCCAGGACCACCGGCAUCGCAUCCCCCAUCCCAGUGGCCCCCACUUCCCCCCGCUUCCCACCCCCCUGGGACGGCGCAACGAGGCACCGGGGAAAGGGCUGACGCAGGAAAUCCCGAGAGACAGAAAAAUAAUCAAAAAGGACAAGAAAAAAAGAAAACCAACACAAAAAAAAAAAAAAAGAAAAAAAAAAAAAAAAAAAAAAAAAGACAAAUAAACUGCAUGGUGCUUUAACAGGAUCUGGUGACCUGGCUCAACCCAGCCGCGGCUGGCUGAUGCUGUGCAUGGCAGACUCUAUUAACCGGCUCUACCUUCCCCUUCAGCAAAAGAGAAAAAAAAAGAGGAAAAAAAACAAAAAAAAAUCUGUAUAAAAGAAAAAAAAAAGCCGUAAAAAAAAACACACAAGAAAAAAAAAUCCAUGUUUUCCUAAUUUGCACGAAAUUUUAUACCACAUGAUGUGCCUUGCCUUCGAAGCCUAAGUAUUACUGGACCCGAUAUCAGUGCGAGGGAGUCGCUGCAUGCCCGGGGCUCCCGGGGGGCCGGGGGGGCCGGGGGCCGCCGCCCCCCCCUCGCCUCCUGCAUGGCUUCUUCUCGGCCGGAAAAGUCCCUUUUUCUCUCUAUUCUUCUUCUUUUUUAACCGAUUUUCCCCCUCAGAAACGUCUUCCAGUUGGUAAUACCGAUGCAUCCUCUGCGCCAACACACCGGAAUAUGCAAUAGCUGCGGGGGGGGCCGGCCGGGGGGGGCGGCCACCCCUUUGCUUUGCCUCUCUUUUCUUUGUUUUCCUUCCCUUUUGGGGGGUUUUUAUUUGUUUUUUUCUGCUUCCAGCAACCAAAGGCAGCGAGGCGGGAGGCGGCAGGGACCCCCGGGCCACGGAACACUCGGGGGGACGCAGUGUCCGGGCGCGGCAGGACAGACGGGGAUGUGCUGGGGUCCGUGCGGGGAGGAGCAGGGCUGGAGACCCGCAGGGCUGACCCUUAUGGGGGGGCCACAGGGUCCCAACCCCCCUCAGAGGACCCCCCGCUUUUUAAUUGGUUUUCAAUGGGGCGCAGGGCCAGGAGGGCUGAGCCCAGCUGCUCUCGUGACAGGAAUGGAACCGUGUGAAUGUACUGUGCCCCCCCCGGGCUGGUGUCAGGGAGGGUCACAGACUCCCCCCAACCUCCACCCCAUCGGCUUCAUCCCCGGGGGUCCGGCAGGCGCAGCAGGGAAUGGCAGGAGGUGCCUUCUCGCCGCCUCUCCUUGCUGUGCCCGCUGCCGAGCAGGGGCCCGACACCCCCAAAAACCCCAGAAUUUGCCUUAAAACCCCAGCGUUCCGCCGGCCGGAGAGACCCACCCCAUCCCCCCAACCUCCCUGAGGCUGAGGACUGACGCGGGUCGUGACACCGGUGGGUCGGUGGCACCGGCAUCGCUGCUGCUCGGGCAUGAAGAAACGUCGUCGUCAACAGAGGGUUUUUUUGUUUGUUUGUUUGUUUGUUCGUUUGUUUGGGUUUUGUUUUGUUUUGGGGGCUUUUUGUUGUUUUUUUGGGUUUUUUUUUUGUCCAAAAGUAUUAGUUAGGGGUGGUSGCGUCCCGCCGGGUUUCGCCCACAGUUGAGGCUGGUUCGAGGGUCCCAGACCCUUGGGAGGAGCCUUGGGAGACGCUUCUUUAUGCAAGGUGCAGUAUUGAUUUCUGCAAGGACAAUGCAAGGCGGGAGCGGGGGCGGCGUCCAGCUGCGGGGGAAGGAAUGAAAACUAGAAUUUUUUUUAAAAAAAAAGAAAAAAAAAAAAAAAAAAAAAAAAAAAAAAAAAAAAAAAAUAAAAAAAAAAAAAAAAAAAAAAAAAAA